AUGUUUCAAGUCGUAAGAUUCGGAAAACCUUAUUACAACCUCAAACAAAACCUCAUAAUCGAGACAGACGAAACAGUAGCUGAAGCAGUGGUAGAAGGAAAACUCAGUACUCUCGCCAUGCCAUUUCCUGAGAUCGAGCUCUGCUUGACGUUGUUGAUCUACCCGAACGGCAACAAAAAUGACGGAGGGACUGGAUACGUUUCGCUUUACGCGAAAAUCGAUAACUCAAGUCUUGUAUCCGAUCCAAAAGAUGUGUAUGCAGAAAUCAAGUUCUUUGUCUACAACAGAGUCCAGGACAAAUACUAUACCUACCAAGAAACUGAGGCCAAGAGGUUUCAUUUGUUCAAACCGGAAUGGGGAGUGCCGUUAUUUCGACCGGCAUCGUUGUUCAAAACGCCGGCAGCCGGAUACAUUUUCGACGGAGAACAAUGUGUUUUUGGAAUUGACGUCUUCGUUGCUCAAACCUUUAAGGAAUGGGAAGUUUUCUCCUUUGAAGAAAACAUCAAAGAUCCCAUUUUCACAUGGAAGCUCGCCAAAUUCUCAACUCUCUUUAGUGACUCUUAUACAUCCGAUUCCUUUUCUUCCGGAGGAAGUAACUGGGCAUUGAAGGUUUAUCCAAAUGGAGAUGGUUAUGGAAAGGGCAAUUCGUUGUCACUCUACUUGUUGAGUGAGUCUAAUGAGAAUGCUUACGUUCGAGCCAAGCUACGAGUUCUUGACCAAAUCCAAUCCAACCACGUCGAGAAGCUAGUGGAGGGAUGGCCCAAUGUAACGGCAGAUAAUAAUGGAUGGGGUUUCGAGAAGUUUGUACCAUUUGCAGAUCUUAAAAAUGCAUCUAGAGGUUUAGUGGUGGACGAUGCGCUCAAGGUUGAAGUCGAGAUCAUUGCCUUCUCUAAAACAGACUCCACCUUAAGUGACUAG